GAGCAUGGCAGCAUCUGUUCUCUACCCACGUAUUGUCAAACAGACAGGACCAGUGUGUAGUGCUGUGGUUUUGUUUCUACAUGGAUCUGGUGAUACAGGAGAAGGCGUUUCAGAUUGGGUAAAAAUGGCAUCCAAGGGAGAGUUUCAUUUCCCUCACGCGAAGGUGUUGUACCCAACAGCUCCCGCCAGACCAUAUACUCCGAUGGGUGGCGCCAUGAGUAACGUUUGGUUCGAUCGCAUGCAGAUAUCUCCUAAUGUACCGGAACAUGCGCAGUCGGUGGAGGCUAUGUGCGCUAGUCUAUCGGCCCUUAUCCAACAGGAAGUGUCUAGCGGUAUCCCAAAGUCAAGAAUUGUCAUAGGUGGUUUUUCAAUGGGCGGGGCUAUGGCGUUACAUCUAAGCUACAGAUUUCAUCGUGACGUUGCAGGCGUGUUCGCGCUUUCCUCUUUUCUAAACAACGGGUCUGCUGUGUUCAAGGAGUUGGAAGCCCGUCCCGACCUUUCCCCCUUACCACCAUUGUUUUACUGUCAAGGUGAAAAGGACGACCUUGCACUUCCGGUGUGGGCUGAAAACACAUUCACUCAACUCUCUUCAGUUGGAGUCCAAGGCACGUUAACGAAAUACCCUAUACACCACGAAUUAAACAAAACCGAGUUACUCUCAUUGAAGUCAUGGAUAAAUGAACGCAUUCCAGAGAGUUGAAUUCACUACAAAAUUUCAAUAUUGAAUUAUUGUGUUUAUAAAUGUGUAUGGAGAAAGAUGUUUUGAUUC